AUGGGGUGCGGGGCCAGCACGCGGCGGCCGCGGCAGCCGCCGGACCUCGAGCCCGAGCGCGCGCCUCCGCCAGAGAGCCCAUCCAAGGUCGACGAGAUCGCCGCCGCAGCCGACCAGGGCGAUCAACUGCCAAGCCCGCGGCCAAAGGCAGCUGGGCCUGGGGACGGAGCCACGGUGCAGGACGACUGGGACGACUGGGACGAGGAGGAGGCCGACGAGGCAACCGCUGAGGAGGCGGAGGUCUCGGCAGUGCGCGUGGUGCAGCCGUCGGGGGCAGUCGCCUGUGCAAAGGGCGGCGGCAGCGCCCUCCUCUGCGGCUCGGCGCUCGACUCGGCCGUCAACGCGCGGCUGUCCUGCACCUCUUGUGGGUACCGCGUGCUGAGGCUGCCGCACUCGCGCUGGGCGCCGGACGUCGACUACUACUGGAUGCGGAACUUCUGUCCCGAUGGGCGGAUGCCCGGCCGCUGGGACGAGGACUUGGCCAAGCUCUGUGCAAAGCUGGUCGCUGACGACGAGGCGGCCGCCUACGCCUGCGGCUGCUCCUGGCAAUCGGUGGUGGGGGAAAAGGAACUGGGCGGCGCCGGUGGAACGCCAGCGAUGCCGCAUGGUGGUGCACGCCUCGAAAAUUGUGAGGCGCAGCUUCUGAACUGGGUCGUGUCAUACUCAUGA